AUGUCAACGACAUUGGAUCCCGCGGAACAAGCAGAUCAAGAGGAUAUGAUCGACCCGGAGAAUCUAAGCUCGUCAUGCCAAGCGACCGCUGCUUCCGUGUUGACGGGCCCCGGCGCAGAAUGCCUUGGUAUCUCAGGCCUCAUCAAUAUUGCUCUAACCAACUCCAACGAUAGCCUCGUUUCUCCCAUCAACAACUGGCUGACGACGACUUGCGCUCAACCGGCGUGCACAAACGGGACUAUUGACACACUGAUCUCGAACAUUACAACCGGAUGCUCGAGCGAUUUGAAUUCUGCCGGCGUUACCACCGGUACUUGGCAAGACAUUAGCGAGUACGUGAAGGAGUGGUAUCCUGUUGGGCGCCAAGUUGCUUGCUUGAAGAAUGGCGAUUCUCUGUGCGUGACUUCGACUCUGCAAAGCAUUGAGAACUGGUUAGGCCAACCGUUGAGCAAGAACACUAUCGAAACCGUCCUCCCAAGGCUUGUCUCCACUACCACGGAAGUUCCUGCAAACGUGACUUGCACCGAUUGCACCAAGGCUGCCUAUGCCUUGAUCCGCCCCCAUCUCAACGAUGCCAACCGAGGUACUUGGGACAACACCGUCGCCGGACAAUGCGGUAGCAGCUAUACUGAUGGAACUACCCCCUCCGGAAUCGUCGAGUCUGCCAAUAGUGCCACACAAGGAUCUUCCAACGGGGCCCUCUCGUCCGUUGGGUCCUGGUCCGCUGCCGCGCUCCUCACUGGAGUCGCUUCUUUUGUGGUGCUUGUCCUCUAA